GGCAGUGAGGCACCGGCGCUAGCGGUCUGGACUUCGCCCUUCCUUGUGAGCCCAAAAGGCAGAAUCGCAUACGUCAUCGAAGCGCGACGGCUAACAGUGAGAAACUACGGAAGACGGUCGGAGUAUUCGGGUGGACUCCAGUGAUCCAGCUUGUCACAGCUGGUUUGGCAACGAGGACAUGGAACAUCUGCACAAAAUUGCGGAGCAGCUCAUCCACGAGGAUGUGGCCGCCAUGAAGUUCCUCUGCUUGGAUUACAUUGGCCGUAACCGGCAGGAGAAAAUCGAGGACGCCUUAAGCCUCUUUGUAGAACUUAAGAAGGUGGAACUGCUGGACUCCAAGGACUUCUUUAUCGUGGCAGAGCUGCUCUACUUGACAGGCCAUCUCGACCUGCUCAGAAUCCUGAAUCUGUCCACACAGGAGGUGGAAAGUCAGUUGCAGCAGGAUGGCAUUGCAAAAGUGUCACCGUACAGAAAAAUGCUUUACUCGCUCCAUGAGGGAAUGGACAAAAACACCUGCCGAGCCAUGAAGUUCCAGUUGCAUGACCAGCUAUCGAAAUGUGAUCUGGACAGUGAGACAUCUUGCCUGGAAAUCUUCACAGAAAUGGAGAAGAGGGAGAUGCUGGCCCCAAACAACCUAGGCCAUCUAAUGUCCAUCCUGAAGCUGGUGAUGCCGAAGCUACACAGGGUAGUGGAGGAGUUUGACAAGACCAAUUGUCCCAGAAAUCAUGAGAACUCCAAGAGUGGUUUGCAGCCCCAGGUGGCCAAUGAGUACAAGAUGAGCAGCCUGCCCCGAGGACAGUGCCUGAUCAUCAACAACAGUGACUUCUCUGAAGUGAAUCGAGGUGUGAGGCGUGGCUCCGAGAAGGACGUGGAGGCCCUCAAAGACGUCUUCAGCUGGCUGGGCUUUGAAAUUCACAUUCGAAAUAACCUCAAAGCUAAGCAGGUUCACGACCUGCUGGACGAGUUCAGGCAGAGGAGCCACGCGGCCGUCGACUGCUUUGUGUGUUGCAUCCUGAGUCACGGAGAGCAGCAGUGUGUGAUGGGAGUGGACUGGGAGAAGGUCCCCCUGUCUGACAUCACUUCCUAUUUCAAUGGGAACCACUGCAGGGACCUACUGAUGAAGCCCAAGGUGUUCUUCAUUCAGGCCUGUCAAGGCAAAAUUAUGCAGGAGGCUGUGGCCGUCGAUGCAGAUGGGGACGGCAUGGAGUCUGAUGCCACAGCAAGCAGAACUGUUCCUGUCGAUGCCGAUUUCCUAAUCGGCAUGGCCACGGUGCCGCAGUGCCUGUCCAUGAGGGACCCAGAUGAAGGCUCUUGGUACAUCCAGGCACUUUGCCACCAGCUCAAAGUGGGAUGCCCUCGUGGUGAGAACAUCCUAACCAUCCUGACCAACGUAAACGAGGUCGUCAGCAAGAAUACGGGUAUCGUUCAGCUCACUGAGGCAAAGCAGAUUCCGGAGAAAAUAUCCAGACUUACAAGAAACCUGGUCUUCCACGUGCCCACUUUGACUUAGCUUGGGCGCUGUCUGGACUCUCAGAUGGUCACUUCAUAAAGGUCUGCUGUUGUUGUGUGUCACACGCCGCGUGGCCCUCAAGCAUCUCAUCUCUCAGGUUUAAAUUCCAGGACUAGGAACUGCAUCUGUAUGGCUGAAGCGGUGGCUCAGUCUUGGUGGUCACUCUGGGAAUUCUCUGACCACCUUCUCUCUCAGGAUUGAGGCCCUGGUGUGUCUUAUCUCCUCUCAUCUCUGUUGAGACCUUUCAUCCUUCUUGUUUCUGAACAUGCGCACUGGGCUUGUCUUGUCAGUCUAAACUCGUCUGCUAAGAAGGCAGAGUCGGUCUAAUUUCCGUACAGCAGAAGGCACCCUGGCGCGUAUGUGGGUGUUCAGGAAUUGUGUUAAGCGGCUUAGUGGGUGGCACGGAGCAGUACAGGUUAGAGUGUGUUAUAAACGAUAAGCCAAUGCUCAGUUUAAAGACCGACAUUGUCUUGGUUGCAAGUUAUGAACGCUGCCGGUUCACUCCUAUAACUAAAUGGAUAAGACGGCACGACACCGAGUUCUACAAUGUUGAAUUUGUUAUAUCGGACUUCAGUGGAAGUCUUCAUUCCUUUUGUGACUAUUCAAAAUACGUCUUUCCUGAAACAUCUUUGUGUUUUAACCGACACACGGUCGUGAAUGAAGCAGCUUGAGUUGGCAUCCUAAGUCGAGUGAGCUUCGUCCCCCACACAACUCGACUUUUUCAUUCAUCCACUUACAAGGUAUUCCUUAUAGUGCCAGGAGCGUAAACAAAUCACCAUGUGUGUGCCAUAGGGCAUCGCAUUACCAAAACCAGUGCAACAAUACGGACAAACAAAACACCAACACAGGUGUGCGGUGCGCAGUGUCCAGACGCCUUGAGACUUGUGGAUGGAGGCGCAAGCCGAGUGACACUGCAAGACCUCUCAAGAUGAUCUGAAUGUGCUGGGGUCUGCUGCGUCACACGCGAUAUCUCGCUUCAGACGUUAAGCUUUAUGCAAAAAAACAAAAAACCAACAUAAAUGGAGAAGUUGGUUCCAUGAGCUGCAGGGACACUUGGG